AUGACUGAGCAGGGGAGUGGAGCCAUCAGUGUUCCAGGCAUCGUUGCUCCAGGCAAUGCCUAUGUCACCCAUCCCAGGUACACUGUGGCCUCUGAAAGCCUUGAGCAGACUUCGAGGGUAGCUGCUUACCCAGUCCCAUCAAAAGUAACCCAGUGUGACCCAGGAAGAGCAAACUUACAGAACCCACUCAUGGAGAGCCAGAAGCCAGCAGGAAUGCCAAAUACACAGAAUCAAGCACCUGGGCUCCAGCAUCCAGGGACAACAGCCAAUGUGCAGACUCCCUCUGGAGUCAUCCAAUACUCAGCAGGACCGACAGGCAUCCAGACCCUGUCUGGAGCUCCUCCGAAUCCUCCAAAUGCCAUCCCUGGGCCAGUAUACACCCCAAACCAGCCCCAGUGGACCAUGUCAUUUGAAGCAUUCUCUGCAUUUAAUCCCAAGAAAUUCAUCAAUGAUGAGAGCAAAACAUUAGGGGCUGCUCAGAUCUUCAUUGGCUUGAUGCAUAUUGUCUACGGAAUCACCCCUCUGCUGUAUGACCAAGUUUCUGUGCUUGGGCUUUCAGCAUACCUAUUCUGGGGAGGAAUAAUGUUUGUUGUAUCUGGAUCCAUCUCGGUAUGGGCUGAAAAAAGCCACAACACCUGUGCGGUGAAUGGCAGCAUCAUUGUGAACAUCAUGAGUGCCAUCUUCUCCCUGCUGGGGAUCUUCAUUCUUAUUGCAGACCUGGCUGUUCUUCCACCUCCGCCUAACAACCUACAGCGUUAUGUGAAGCCAAUUUCUGCUUGUCUCCUCCCGUUCGCCCUGCUGGAGUUAAUCCUCACAUGUAUGAUCUCACAUUUUGGGUGCCAGGCUGUCUGCUGCAAAAAUGUUGAGAGCACGUCAAUGCUUUCAACCAUGUUUGGUAUCAACACAACCAACACCGCCACUGGCCCUGUCAAUACUACCACUGGCCCUGUCAACAGUGUCGUCAUCCCUGUCAACACUGCCACUGGCCCUGUCAGCACCACCAAUGGCCCUGUUGGUACUACCACCAGCCCUGUCAACAGUGUUGUCAUCCCUGUCAACUCUGCCACUGGCCCUGUCCACACUGCCACCAGUCCGGCCAACAUUAGCACCACCAUUCCUGCCUAUGCUACAUAUUCUGAACCUUCAUACCAGGAAGUAGCUGAUGUUACCCAGAGAUAG